AUGGCGUGCAGCGCGUGUUACUACCUGGUGAUCAGCUCCACACACCUGAGCAACGGACACUUCAGGCGCGUCAAGGGGGUCUUCAGAGGACCACUGUGUCCCACCAGUGAUUCACCGGAGCGUGCGGAGAGGGCUUUGGGCUGCUCAGUGGAGGAUCUGAAGGCUCUUUUCUACUGUGAGCUGUGUCACAAGCAGUACCUCAGACACCAGGAGUUUGACAACCACAUCAACUCCUACGACCAUGCACACAAACAGAGGCUAAAGGAACUCAAGCACAGGGAGUUUGCUCGCAACGUGGCCUCAAAAUCAUGGAAGGACCAGCGCAAACAGGAGAAGGCUCUCAGGCGUCUGCACCAGCUCGCACAGCUGCAACAGGAAACCCAGCGAGUCCCAGGGAGGACUUCUGGACUAAGAAGUGCUGUCAGGGCUGUGAGACAACAGCAAGAUAAAGACAAGGAUCAAAAGGACCGCAUCCCUGAGAACAAACCUGAACCCUUCAAACACACCUAUAGACCCCCUCCUACAAAACCCAGAACAGCACGUCUCAGCCACCAGCCGGAAGAUCCAUGUCAAUUUCCUUCCCAGAUGCCACUGGCCACUGCUCUAGCUGAGUCCCCACUUAUCACACACCCGAUAUCAAAUAAAGACCCUCCUGCAGUGUACCCCCAGUCCUGCCUGGGCUUGCAUCCCCAGCUGCCUCUCCCUGGGCAGGCUAGAGUGGGAGGCAGACUUGGAGUGUCCUUCUGCUUCUCCCGCAGGGGGCCCAGGCUUGAGCCUUCUGCCUCCGUCUUCUCAGACCUGGAAGAGGAGGAGAGAGAGAAGAGGGAACAAAUGAAAGAGAGGAUAAAGGAGAUGAUGGAAGACAUUGACAGGAAAAUUGGGGCAGCAGAGGAGGGGAAACACAGUGAGUGUGAAAAGCAUGAGUCAAGAUCUGACAGUGUUAGCCUAAAUGACACAGGGCCAAUCCCCAGAGAGGCUGCCAGAGAAGAGGGUGAGAUGGGAAAAGGAGAUGCAGUGAACACACACUCUACUAUUUCCACAGCAGCACCUGAUAAUCAGAGCCCCGAUUCAAUAUGCUUGCCAUCACAGACCCAGGUGGCCCUCUGGGGCACGGCACUAGCAGGGUCACACAUGGACACUGAACACACAGAUAGCGAGACAGACAGAAAGCGAGAAACAGAGGGGGGGAUGGAGGAGAGUCAGUAUAUGUGUGUGCUGGGGAAAGAUGGCUCUACCUGUCUGAGAUGGCCUGUCAAUUUGCUUCUGUACACCAAGUCUAAACCACACAUCUCCUACAGCUCCAACCCACUCUGCUCGAACCCACAACAAGCAGAACAACUCACAGAGGAUCUGCAGGAGUCACAACAAACUCAGUUGUCUGCUCUCUCAGAUGAAGCAGAUCUACGUGUGCCAGCUAUUCUUACACCAGACGCUCCCUCCUGUUUACAAAGACAGACAAGACAAGAGCUGGAAGCACACAGACAGGAAAAAGCUGAAGAACCUAUCGAUGUGGAGACAGAAGCACACCUGUUCCUAAAGAACGAAAACCUUUCAUCAUCAGAAACAAGACCAGAAAUAGGAAGAUGCCCGCUUAGUAUGAAUGAUUGUGCGAGUGCAUCCUCCCAUUCAUUUGACCCCACUCAUAGUGACAGCUCUGACACAAACUCCCAGAAUCCACUGGGAGGCAGAUUAGGGGGUGCUAGAGGGAUCAGGGAGAAAGCCAUCAUAGCUCUGAGCUGUAAAUUAGAGUCUGUCACCCAGCCUGGCACACAGAGGAUGUGCACCAGCCCGUCCAGGUGUGAGUGUGAGAGCGAGACAUUGUGCAAGUGUGCCAGCGCUCCACAGCCGUACGUGGGUGUCUCAGAAGUGUCACGCAAAAAGAGGAAAGCCAGCACAAAGAAACACAAGCUGGGAAAGAGGAAGAGGGCUGAGAAGGGAAAAGCUUCAAACAAGCGCCAAUCAGCAAGGUGCAAAGUGAGGAGUGUUGUCUCUACAGUCUCCACUGGCACCGAGAGGAGUGGAGAAGCUGGAGGGACCUGGGGGAAGAAAGGAAGGCAAAGGGAGACGAGGAUGAGGAGGAGGAAGGUGCAGGGAGCUGGGAGCAGCUGUCUCCUGGGAAGAUGUAAGGCUGAGCCAGUAUCUGUCUCUGUCAGGAAGAGGAGGCCUCACAGGAGCCACAGCACUGAGUCCCAGUCACAGCCAGACAGAGAGCAGGCAGAGCACUGCAGUGCCUACUCCCAGCUCGCCAGACACCCGGCAGACAGACACAACGAGGGGGAGGGAAAGCGAGACGGAGACGCAGCGACUUUUCCCUGGCGGUCUCACUUCUCCUUACACUCCUUCUCACCAGGAUGUAACUCAAAGCUGUUUUGGGAAAGGGGUCACCAUAGCAACCCCAAGAGUUUCAUUGACUGCUGUUACCCUGACAACAGCUGUGGUUGCAGCCCGACGAGAAAGAGAAAACUCCUCCACAGGGACAGGAAAUCCAUUCAUAGUAAGAGGAAGAGUUUGAGGCAUCGUGAAGUCUGGGAGGAGACGGAGAGGGGCGGGAAAAUGGGAGGGCAUUCAGGUUGCAGAGACAGGGGCCCGAUUUCAGAUACAGAACAAUGGGAGUGGUUGAGGGGGGAUCCACGAGGUGGUGAGGAGGGCAGGUCAAGGAGUGGGUGGAGAUCGAGAAACGCAGCAGUGGAGUGGGAUCGGGUGGCAAAGUUUAGCCCCAGUCCCAGCAGCUGGGGCAGGAGAGGCCGACGUCUGAGCACAGAAGAUGUAGACUGGGACAGAUUCAGCGUGGACAGAUGGACAUGGGGCAGCAGUGACAGCUGGGAGGACAGGGGGACACACAGAUCCAGGUCAGGCUCCAGGACAGGAGCAGACAGCAGAGACAGCCCGGGCUGUGUGUGGAAAUGUGCAGGCACCAGGCGCUCAAGCUCGAGACACUUCUCUAGCCCUGAGUGGUGGACAAGUAGGCAGACAUACAGCCCCCAGAGUGUGGCCAACACACAGGCCAGCAGAGGCCACAGCCCGCGCUCCUGCAGCCCCUUCAGCAGCACCGGCAUGUCCGAGCUAAGCUGGGAGUCGAGCAGGAGCAGUACCUGCUCAGGAGUCACCAUUGAUGGGUUGACAGUUAGCUCUGGCAGGACGUCCUCUGUAGCUCCAGGGUUCUCAUCUGAGGCCCCCCAGGAGGCAAAAAAGCAGAGCAGCCCCAUGUCCACUUCAUCCGGACUUACCUCUUGCUCCUUCUCUCAUUCCUCGCCUCACAGACCCUAUUUUGCUCCCACGGUCCCGGGCCUUAACACACAUCAGUGUGACACAAGCCCGUCUCAGCUUAAGGAGCCCAAUAACCAGCCUGACCUCGUCCAUGGACCCUCUGCCCCUGUCGACACAAGCAGGACAGCUACAACUCUCCCAGGACUAUCCCCCAGUAAGUCUCUGCCACAGAAACCAGCCAGGAUGUUGCUUCUGCCUCUCAUAGGGAAACUACCUGCAAUCCAGAGAAAGGCCAGAAGGAACAAAGGGUUGCUUGAGAAGAGUCAGGAGAAGGAGGGAGAGGAGGAAGAGGAGACGAAGAGCAGGGGAACGGAUCUUGGAGCGGCCGUCGACAGUAAAAAAAGUCCUCUGGACACGGUUGAGUCAAACUCCAGCAGCACUCCAAAUCUCUGCCUGACGCGGAUUAGUACCGAAGACAAGCAGACAGGUAGAGAGACAGCUCUGCCAAUCAGCUUUACUGCUGAGGAAAUGGACAAAUAUCGGCUCCUGCAAGAGCAGGCGAGAGAGCACAUGCAGAAAGUCCUGGAACAGACGCAAGAGAGCGCGGAUUUACACACAGAGACGAACUACACACACACGGCACAGACGGAGAACUGUGGGACUUUAGAGGAGCGAUACACUCCUGCACCCUUGCACAACCUCUCACAGACACAAACCCGCUCACUUCACACGGACACGAUGCAAACACAGGCACAACACCCCCUCCAGGUCAGUCUCCCACUUCCACGUGUGACCCCACAAGAGACCUUCACUCAACCCAUGGCUCUGGGAGUCCCUAACCUCCCCCCUCUCUCCAGCCUCCAUCAUAUCAUUUUACAACACGCAGCCCUCUCCAUGCCCCCCUCCUCAUCCUCUCCCACCUCGUCCACCUCUCCUUCCAUCCACCCACACCCAGCUCAGCUCCCUCACCCUUUGCCUCCUCUCCACCCGUCCCUCCCUCAUCACCUUCACCUAUCUCCCUUCUCUAUAUCCUCCCUGUUUCCCUCCAUUCUGCUGUCCCAUCAUCCCUUCCCUCUCCUCCCCCAGUCCUCCGCUUUCCAUGCGACCCCACUCGCUCCACUCUCCCAAGUAGCCUUGCAACCCUUGAACCCUCAGUCUUUCAUGGAGAGAGCUUGGCCAGUGAGGUUUCAACAGAAGGCGUUGUGAAGAGUGCCUGCCAUGUUUAUUAAUCUUCCCUGGCAAAACAGACUAGUGAGUUAAAGAGAGGAAUUUUUGGGUUUGGACAUUUUUAUUUGAAAUGGGGUUGUGUCAGUGCUUUUACUAGAAUCAACCCACACACACACACACACACACACACACACACACACACACACACACACACACACACACACACACACACACACACACACACACACACACACACACACACACACACACACACACACACACAGGCUUACACACAAACAGCCCAACUAUUGACUGUUUUCAAAUGAAAAUGAGUUUCUCCAUCUAGCCUCUGCUGUGUUGAAGCAGACAUAGUGAAAACAGACUUUGAUCCCUUGCUUUUUCCAUCAUUCCUCAUUCAGGCCCAGAAUAAAGGGAAGGUGCACCUGCUAUUCAAAGACAAGCUGGGCUUGUGUCAUCCUCUCCUUUUACUUCUGAACCACAGACAGACCAGCUGCCUUUUGAAGUACCCUUCAUGUCAGGGACAGAGGGGCAAGAAAGAGUGGUAAUACUAUCCCCUUAUCUCCACUUCAUACAGGUUAUCUGAGUUAGGGUGUGACUUUCAACAAACAUAAAUAAUGUUGCAGGGACCGGUGGGCUAGCACAGCCAUUUUAACCUUGGUGUAUAUGCUGUAUUUGUGUGUGUGUGUGUGUCUGUGUGCGGAUAUAAGAGGUACUUCUGACACACACGCAUACACAGUAUGAAGGACAGCAACUCAUUUCCAUAUCUGACACAUGUUAAGACCUGUUUUGUCUCUAUAGUGUAAAUAUACUGGCAUUGAGUAAUGAAAUUAGAAUUAUGGGAUACAAUAAAAACAAAAGGUGAAUUUAACCUUGACCAGUGGUACAAUUCUUAUUCCACAAUCAAAGGCUUCAGUGAUACAAUCACUUUAACAUCUUUUCAUUCUUAUAUGUGAAAUGAAAUCCUUUUUUUUCUCCACACAGCAUUUAACAAAUCUGUUGUUGAGACAGCAAUGAAUGACUCAGAUCUGUUACAUUAAAACUUGGGUGAA